AUGUCUGAGUAACAAGACCAUCCAAGUGCAAAGAAAAGAAUUAGAAGAUGCACUAAGCAUGAUGAAACUCCUCGUCCUUAUAAAUGCGGUUGUGGGCGUGGUUACUACAGUUAUCCUGCAUUGUACACUCAUUUGAAGAUCAAGCAUGAAGGGCAGCCUCCUGCAGGGACUCAGAUACCAAGUGAUAAGCAUUAUGGAAGUAGGGGAAGGCCUAGAGAGAAAAAUUUUAAGUUCGAAGAAGAAAGCAAGCAUCAAGUCUUUAUCGAUGAAGAUAAGAGGGAAGAUAAUCAAAAAGACGAGAAAGCCACAAUCAAUUAAUGAAAAUAGAAGAAAGCAAAGGGCUUUUUUCUUUUAUUAAUAAUUUAUAUCUAAUACUUAUUAAUAAAA